CCACCCGAUGUUUGUGCUGCGAGGACUUGUCCACCUUCUUUGACCCACUCUCACCACGUUGUGUCGUGUACUCAUGGCGCUGUUUUAAUUUCAGGUAGCAGGGAAGCAGCGUUCACGUAUGCCAUCAUCGCUGCAGGCGUAGCCCACGCCAUCACGGCCGCCUGUACGCAGGGCAACCUGAGCGACUGCGGCUGCGACAAAGAAAAACAAGGACAGUACCACAAAGAGGAAGGAUGGAAAUGGGGAGGCUGCUCUGCCGACAUCCGAUACGGGAUAGGGUUCGCCAAAGUGUUUGUGGAUGCCCGGGAGAUUAAGCAAAACGCGAGGACGCUCAUGAACCUGCACAACAACGAGGCCGGGCGGAAGAUUCUGGAAGAAAACAUGAAGUUAGAGUGCAAGUGCCACGGGGUCUCGGGAUCCUGCACCACUAAGACGUGCUGGACAACUCUCCCUAAAUUCCGGGAGCUGGGCUACAUCCUUAAGGACAAAUACAACGAAGCCGUUCAAGUCGAACCGGUGAGAGCGAGUCGCAACAAGCGCCCGACCUUCCUCAAAAUCAAGAAGCCGCUUUCCUACCGCAAACCCAUGGAUACAGAUUUAGUGUACAUCGAGAAAUCCCCCAACUACUGCGAGGAGGACCCCGUCACCGGCAGCGUGGGGACGCAGGGGAGGAUGUGCAACAAGACUGCCCAGCAGUCCAACGGCUGCGACCUGAUGUGCUGCGGUCGGGGUUACAACACGCACCAGUACUCGAGAGUGUGGCAGUGCAACUGCAAAUUUCACUGGUGCUGUUACGUGAAAUGCAACACGUGCAGUGAAAGAACAGAAGUAUACACCUGUAAGUGAGGACGUGGCUGGGCGGGCCACGAGUACAUUUGCACAUAUGCACUCAUCGUACCUACAUGAGACUGUAGGAAAGACCUGCUUCUCCCAGGAGAAAUGCUGAUGAAUGGAGCC